AGCGUCCGUGAGCAGGACGUCCGCGCUCUGAUCCUGGUUCCCACCAAAGAGCUGGGUCAGCAGGUUCAGACCAUGGUGAGGCAGUUGACGGCGUACUGCUCGAGGGACGUGCGCGUGGCCGACAUCACGGGGAAAGCCGACCUGUCGGCACAGAGGCCGAUCUUAAUGGAGAAGCCCGACGUGGUCGUGGGGACGCCGUCCCGCGUGCUGGCCCACCUCAACGCCCAGAACCUGGUCCUGCAUUCGUCCCUGGAGAUGCUGGUGGUGGACGAGGCCGACCUGCUCUUCUCUUUUGGCUUCGAGGCCGACCUGAAGAACUUGUUGUGCCAUCUGCCGAAGAUCUACCAGUCGUUUCUGAUGUCGGCGACGCUCACUGAGGACGUUCAGGCUUUAAAGGAGCUGCUGCUGCACAAUCCUGUGAUCCUGAAGCUGCAGGGCUCUCAGCUGCCCGACAGCAGCCAGCUGCAGCAGUUCAGCAUCAAGUGUGAGGAGGAGGACAAGUUCCUGCUCAUCUACACGCUGCUGAAGCUGCGGCUGGUCCAGGGCAAGACGCUGGUGUUCGUGGGCGCCGUGGACCGAUGUUACCGGGUCAAACUGUUCCUGGAGCAGUUUGGUAUCCCCGCCUGCGUGCUCAACUCCGAGCUGCCCGUCCAGUCCAGGUGUCACAUCAUCACUCAGUUUAAUCAGGGCUUCUACGACUACAUCAUCGCCACAGACGAGCUGAGUUUGUCUGACCCCACGGCCGCUCCGCAGACAACGCCAGGCAAAGGGAAGAAGAAGAAGAGCGCAGAGAAAGGAGGAAGGACGAAGGACAAAGAGUACGGCGUCUCCAGAGGCGUUGACUUCCAAAAUGUGGCCAACGUCGUCAACUUUGAUUUCCCCACAACCGUCGAGUCGUACAUUCAUCGAGUUGGAAGGUGA